AAAAUAAAUUACAGAGUAGUGAUACAUAUAACUUACAGUAAAAUAAAGCUUUUUAUGUAUUUAAUAGAAAUGGGAAAAAUGAACAUGCGGUGUAGAAAUGCAAGGUCAAUUAUGAAUAAAGAUCUUGGUGUAAAGGAAAUACAGUUUUCGUGAUAAACUGGGUUUUGAAAUUGAGACUGCAGGUGUUGUAACGUAGCAAUGCGCUUGAUAAUACCGUAACGGCUACUGGAGAAGAAAGUGACGUAAUAUUUUCUACUACACGCAUUUUAUGUUGCUUGCCUUGAAAAUGCGAAGCCUGUUGAAAAAAGAAAUUACACGAGGGAUAUUUUUGGAUCAGAAAGUCCCUAGGAGGGUACCCUGAGGGACUUGCACUUUAUCUGAUAUAAGGGCAUACUCAUCUGGUCUCUUCCUGUUUCUCAAGGAAACAUCUCAUUUCCCAGUUGGCUCCAAAGAAGUUCACUGGUGGAUAGUCAUGAGGCUGUGCUGCAGUCUGAGGUCAGUCAUCCGGCUGGGUGAAUCCGCAUCUCUCCACAGAAGACGUUGGAAAGGUCUUGCAAAGGAGGUCUUCAGAGGUGUGAUGUCCGGUCCAGCAGCCAGCUCCAGUGGCAAGGACUGCGUGGAGCUGUUUGGGAAACUCCACCCACGGGAUGACUAUACCAACAUCACACCCAAGAUCCUUUCAAACGUAGGGAGGAACUUGCACAACCAGAAGCACCAUCCACUGUGGCUCAUAAAAGAACGCAUAAAAGAUCACUUCUACAAGCAGUACAUGGGCCGCCAUGGGAAUCCGUUGUUUUCCGUUUAUGAUAACUUGUGUCCUGUGGUAACGGUAGAGCAGAACUUUGACAGUCUUCUGAUACCACCUGACCAUGCCAGCAGGAAGAAAGGGGACAAUUACUACCUGAACCGGGGGCACAUGCUGCGAGCACACACCUCUGCCCAUCAGAGAGAUCUGAUGCGCUCUGGUCUGGAUGCUUUCCUGGUGGCAGGGGACGUCUACAGACGAGAUGAGAUCGAUGCCAGUCACUACCCCAUCUUUCACCAGAUGGAGGGGGUGCGUCUCUUCUCAAACCAUGAGCUGUUUGCGAGUGUGGUGGACGGAGAACAUCUGCACCUGUUUGAAAAGGGUCCUCGCACCCUAGAGAAGCAGGACACGCAUACACUGGAGGCAGUGAAACUGGUGGAGUUUAAUUUAAAAGAGACUCUCCGCAAACUCAUUACUCACCUGUUUGGAGAAGACCUGGAGAUCCGCUGGGUGGAGUGCUAUUUCCCCUUCACCCACCCCUCCUUUGAAAUGGAGAUCAGAUUCCAGGGGGACUGGCUGGAGGUCCUGGGCUGUGGGGUGAUGGAGCAGCAGCUGGUCAAUUCAGCGCAUUGGAUUGCAGACGGGCGUUCAGCUUCCAGCUUGGAAAUGAUGGCAGCGAGAAAUACGAACACAGUCAAAGCUGGGGCUCAAGACAAGAUUGGCUGGGCAUUCGGUCUUGGGCUGGAGAGGCUGGCCAUGGUUCUUUACAAAAUUCCUGACAUCCGACUCUUCUGGAGUGAGGAUGAACGCUUCCUGAAGCAGUUCUGUGUGUCCCAUAUUAAUCAGAACAUCACCUUUCAGCCACUGAGCAAGUAUCCACCAUUAAUCAAUGACAUUUCAUUCUGGCUUCCAUCUGAGGGUUAUGCAGAAAAUGACUUCUACGAUUUGGUGCGAAACGUUGGGGGGGACCUCGUAGAGAAGGUGUCUCUUGUUGACAGAUUUACACACCCGAAGACAGGAAAGGUCAGUCAUUGUUAUCGCAUAACCUACCGCCACAUGGAGAGGACUCUGACACAGGAUGAAGUUCGAGAUGUUCAUCAAACUAUUGAAAGAGCAGUGGAGCAGGAGCUGGGUGUAGUAGGGAGGUACUAAACCUUGGACACUGAGAAAGGAAACCUCUGAUAAGAAAUCUGUACCUUGUCUUUAUAUAGACAUCUUUAAUCUGCUUUCAAGAAAUGGCCUCCGUGUGCUUUAUACAUUUUCUAAAGGUUAUACCAUUUAUAAGGAGCUCUACUGUAUAUAAACCCUAUUGAAACUUUCUUUUUUUGUUGUUGCUGGAAAAUGCACCAGAGACAUUUUGCCUAGUGUCAAAGAGAUUUUACAAAGAUUUUUUCCUGUAUUGUGCUGAAGAGAAAAAGAUUUUAAAACUAGCCUGUGGAGAACUGCAAAAAAUAAAUUCCACUUUCUGAAGAGGAUGUGAUCUCUGAAGUGAGUGUUGCUGUCCAUGUUAGCCUGAUGGCGUUUGUAAUUACAAACCAACAAUUUCCUAAUUAAAUUAAAUCAGUCUUGUUGUAUGAA